AUGUUGGGAUCAGCGUGUGCGAAAAGGACGAGCAGUGGCAACGGGCUUGAGCGCUGCUCAGCAAGAGGGGGGGGGGGCGCAAAGUUGGAGCCCAGCGCCAUCGCCAGUGGCGAUGCUGGCGUCGGCGCGUGCGAGAAGGGGAAAGCGCUGCCGCUGCUCAGAGAGCUCGGUCAAGCCAAAUUCGGCACUGGCAAUUUCGGCUGCAAUAGCGCCAUCAUCUCGGGCGAGAAGUGGGCAGUGGCUGGCAGCACUGUCGCCAAGAAGCCGGGCAACGAAGGUCACUCUCGCCUAGGGUCAUUAUUGCCCAGGGAGGACCGUUCUUGCGUGUAA